GCGCGCCGCGGCGCUCGUUGCCUAGCGACCAUGGCGGGGCGGCGGGCUCGGGGCCCGCUGCAGCGGGUGCAGCGGCGGAGCCGGGAGCUGCAGGAGCAGGUGGCGGCGCUGCGGGCAGAGAGCGCGGCCGUGGUCCCCGGGCAGCGGAAGGCCCUGUCACAGAGAUGUAUGCAGCUGAAGAAAUCUGUAGAGGAGAAUGCAAUUGUACUUCAUAAUUUGAAAAAGGCUGAUGAGCCUGCACCUGUAGGGAAUUAUAAUCAGAGGAAAGAAGAAGAAGAAAAACUAUUGCGAAAACUCUCUCAGCAGCUGCAGAAACUUGCUGUGAUCUUGGAUCAGGAUAAUGGGACUACAAGUUACACUGUAGAUGGGGGGAAUCAGAAGGAUGCUCAAACAGAAGAUGAAAAUGAAGAGGAUGAUGGUGAUGAAGAAGAAAGUAGUGAGGAGGAAGACAGCGAUGAAGCAGAUGAUGAAGAUAAAUUGUUGGAUGAUCCAGAUGUUAAAGAAUGUAUUGCAGUGGGAAACUUUAAUGCACAGCAAGAAGGGGACCUCACAUUUAAAAAAGGUGAAGUCCUGCUUAUACAUGACAAGAAGGCUGAUGGCUGGUGGGUAGCUGAAAAUUCAGAAGGGGAGAGAGGCCUUGUUCCUAAAACCUAUCUUGCGGUCUAUAAUAAAGAUGAAGAAAGCCAAGAAGACAGUGAAGAACAGAUAGAGGUGGUAGAUGAAACAGCAGAUGGAACCAAAAUUAAAAAAAGGACAGAUUCUCACUGGAGUGCUGUAAGAAAAGCUGUCACAGAGAAUGACACAGUAGAGAUAUUGGCAACCAUGGGAGCUGUUCCUGCAGGAUUCCGCUUAUCCACACUUUUCCAGCUCUUAGAAGAUAAUCAAUUUCGAGCAAGUUACUUUAUACAGCCUGAACUUACUCCCUCCCAGCUGGCUUUCAAAGACUUGGUGUGGAACUCUGAAAAAGAUACUAUUCAUCAAAGAACAACUCGAAUAUCCAUGAUUGUAACUUUAUGGAGCUGUAAAAUGAUUCCUCUCCCAGGAGUCAGCAUACAGGUUCUUAGUAGACAUGUUCGACUUUGUCUAUUUGAUGGCAAUCGGGUGCUCAGUAACAUUCAUACAGUGAGAGCUACAUGGCAACCUAAAAAUCCCCAAACAUGGACCUUUUCUCCAAGGGUAACAGGCAUUUUACCCAGUUUGCUAGAUGGUGACUGUUUCGUCAGGUCCAAUUCUUCAUCUUCAGACAUUGGCAUAUUAUUUGAACUUGGCAUCACUUAUAUUCGCAAUUCAACAGGUGAAAGAGGAGAGUUAAGUUGUGGCUGGGCAUUUCAGAAGCUUUUUACUUCUGAUGGAAUGCCUGUUUCUUCCAAGACAUAUGAACUGCUACUAAAUGGUGGUACUCCCUAUGAGAGAGGUGUUGAGGUUGACCCAUCAGUAUCAAGAAGAGCAAGUGGUAGCGUUUUUCAUCAAAUUAUAACACUCAGAAAGCAGCCUGCACUUCUCGUGAAACUGAGAUCAUUAAGCAUGCAGUCAAAAGACAUCCUGAAUUUGCUACCGGAAACAUUAAUUGGUAGUAUGUGCUACAUCCAUCUCUUGAUAUUUUAUCGACAAAUACUUGGUGAUGCACUCCUGAAAGACAGAAUAAGCAUGCAAAGUGCCGAUUUAAUCUGUAAUCCUAUUUUAGCAACUUUCCCUCAACUCAUGGAUCAACCAGACCUGAUGGAUGCACUUCGGAGCGCUUGGGCGGAUAAAGAAAGAACUUUGAAGAGAUCAGAGAAGAGAGACCAAGAAUUUAUGAAGUCUCUGUUUGCCCUGGUGUACCAUGACUCUGUCUUUCCUCUCCUCCAGUCCACUUUCCUCCCCAGUCACAAGUGGGCUGAUGAAGAGUCUGAAGCAUCUCGCUGGAAGGUCUGUGGGGCCUGGGUCUGGAUCCUCAUUGCUGCCACCUCCGUCUCUUUUCCACUGCUGCAGGGAUGGGUGAUGUAUGUGUCCCUAACCUCCUGCCUCCUCUCUCUGCUGCUCCUUUUAAGUUACCUCUUUGGAUUUCACAGAAACAACGAGAAUUGGAGAGUGCUGGACAGCUUGUAUCACGGUGCCACAGCCAUUUUGUAUAUGAGUGCUGCUGUCUUGCAAGCCAAUGCGACUAUCCACUCUGAGUCGGGCCCAAACUCGCCACUGUACUACCAGCUCAACAGUGCUGCAUCGUUCUUUGCCUUCAUUACGACCUUCCUGUACGUCCUUCAUGCCUUCAGCAUCUACUACCACUGAGCCUGGAAGACAUAACAGCCUUUGCAACUGCAAAAUGUCAGCUUUCCCAGAGCGAGAAAAGUACAUGUUUCCAGCAAGGAUUUCCCUGCCCUGAUACUGUAUUGUAUCCCAUGGAGAUGAUGGUUAUUUUUGUCGCUGCAUUGAAGGAGGGAUUUUUUGUAUGGUUGUGUCAUGUCAGUGUGGUGAUAGGGGACAGUUCUCAUCUGGUCUGUGCACUCUGCUUUCCUGCAAGGGGAGGUAUUCAGCUGCUCAUGGCACUGCUGAUUCUCUCUCUGAUGGCUGCUGCCCUUUCCUGGCCCAGAACAGCUGUGAGACCAGCCCUAAUGCAAAGAGCUGGUCAUGAAGCUUGCCACCAGACACUAUGGCUGGACAAUGGGAAUUGGAUAUGGGCUCUCAGCCAGCUGCUGUCCCUGGUGACCCACUGAGCCUAGCAAAGGCCAGGGACUCCCUGGAGAGGACUUCUUGGUGCUAGGCCAAACCUCUACUCUGAUUCCAGGUCAGAAUUAGGGCAAAGCAUGCCCCAUGCUGCCCACUGGGACAGCACUGGGCUUAUCCACUUUAUCUUGGUCCAGGUCCCUGUGCCUAUGGAGGCUCCCCAUGGCCCUGCUUCACAUCCCAGGUGAUGCUAGCAGUAAAUCUUCUCAAAGCACCAGAGCAACCCUGGGUGGAUGCAGAUGCAGAGCUGAGAGCUGCAUUGCUGCAGCAAACCUGACAGCCUGCCAAUGCUAGUGCCAUGUGCAGAGCAUGUAAAUGUUAUGUCCCAGAUCAGCAUUUAUUCAACCUUGCUAACACGUGCAGUCCUGCUGUCAUCCAGGGGUCUGUGCAUUGGCCUUAUAGGGGCUUGGAGAGCUUAAUACAGGCCCCUCUGAGCACCCUUGGGGCCCUUCUGACACAUCCCAUUGAGGCUGUAGGGGUCUUGUGCCCUGCAAUGAUCCUAGUGCAUUGCAGCGAUGCUUGUUUUUUAAGAUAGGUUUGAUCCUCCAAACUAUCUGGGCUCAAGAUAUGGGCCAGAGGAUCCCUUCCCUUUCAGGUCACAUACUUGUGGGCAUUAUAUAAAAUAAGGCGCAGAUGGUAUGGGUCCAACUACCUCUACCUCAAAGUAGGGGCCCUCACCAUCUCUCACCUAAUGUACUCAUGAGAAAGGUUUGUCUGACCCUUCUGACCCUGCAGCUAUCCUGAGAAGUCUGCCCCACAGCUUCCUCCCCCCACCCCCCAAAAAAAUCCCAUUGUCUUCCUUUCUUACACUUGAUGCUUCAGAUUUCUCCAUGUCCCUUGGGGACAGGACAGCUGUUUAUUCCCUGCAGCACUUUCGCUGGUUCCUCCUUCCUGCCCACUGCAAAACUCUCCAUCAUGCUCCCAGAUCUGCAUCCAACCCCCAGAUGGCUCUGCUGUGUCAGUGCUGCUGGCUUGCACUGUCUUGCCAACACACCCAGUGCUACCCAGGCUGCUUUGUCCAAGCCCUGGAGCUGGGGCACUUGUUAUGGGGAGUGGAGCAGCAAGAAGGCUAGUGGGAGGCCCUUGGCGAGAGGUGACAGGAUCAGCGCCCAUUUUUGGAGCUACAUGUGCUGGGCAUGCAGGGCCAGGGAGGAGGCAGCUGCAUCACUUGCUUCCAAGUCCUGGCACCUGCAGAGUGGAAAGCGCUGUACAUAGGGCCUGGCCUAAAGAGGUGCUUCUUCCAGGGAGUCACUGGUGUGCAGAGAGUUAAUGUGUGCUGCUCAUCUCUGGCUGUCAUGGCCAGAGUCCUGUGACUUUGCUGGGCAUCUGAGUGAGUUUGUCAGAAAGAAAUAAGUGCUCUGUAUUAUGGAAAAGGAAAAUGACCUCCUUGGGCUCCAGACUAGAAAAGCAAUUAAAAGAAAAUGAAAUGUCUUGGGAAAUACCAUUAUUUUAGGUCAUUUU